AUGGCUUGUCUCAGCAGGCGGUGUCUGCAGCGGCAGAAGGGCUUUAUCCUGGACGGGGUGGCCGUGGACACGCUGGCCGGCAGCUACGCGCACAUCCCGCCCAAGCUGUGGUCCGCCUUGCCCCCGUACAACGCCCAGCUGGAUGGCCACGCCGCCAGCUACUUCGCGUCCCCCGGGGUCAAGUCCCUGCUGAAGAACACGGAGCAGCACCGAGGUGGUACAUCCAGGGAUGGUUGGAUAGUGGAUUAUUUCCACAUCUAUGGGCCAGAGCAGAGGUACCUGAACAGGAGGAACUGGGCAGGUGCAGGCCACUCUUCUGAGCAGGUGGGCGGCCACUACAGCUUCCUGGCAGACGUGAAACCCAUGAAGGGCUACAACGGGCGCUUUGGCUAUCGUCGCAACACCCCGGACCUGCGGGUGAAUUCGUCCUGCUUCGGCGAAGUCAGUGUGUUCCCGCUCCACUGA